CCCCUUCUCCCUCCCCUUCUUCCUCCCCUUCUUCCUCCCCUUCUCUCUCCCCUUCUCCCUCCCCUUCCUCCCCUCUCCUCUUCCCUAUGUGGAUGGCCAUGGCCGCAGCCAGAGUCGGAGCCCCAGCCGCGCUGCCCACACGCAAUGAUGUGGGGACAAAGUUUUUAGCCUCAUAUGACCUGGAGUGCCGCUUCACCAGCCAAAGCGCCCCUCCUCCACCCCCAGUUGGAUCCCAACAAUCUACAGGAAACCGUAGAACUUUGUAUGUUCCUUUGAAAAGCCAAGGAAAAAGGAAGAAACAAUGUCCCUGACUCUUUGACCAGGCCACAAGCCCGCCCUGAAGAUGUGUUCUACAAACCCAGGCAGCUGGGUCACCUUCGAUGAGGACCCUGCUUUUCAGUCUUCUCAAAAGGCGAAGGAUUUCUCUCUGGAGACCCAAAGUGUUUGCAGACCAAAUGGACUGAAGCUGAACCUUCCUGGCCUCAGGGACUUCCCUAGUACUUCCUCUUCCGCCAGCAGCACGCCCCUCUCCUCUCCCAUGGUCGACUUUUACUUCAGUCCGGGACCUCCAAGCAACUCACCUCUUUCUACACCCACCAAAGACUUCCCGGGCUUCCCCGGCAUCCCUAAAGCAGGGUCUCAUGUGCUUUAUCCUAUUCCAGAAUGUUCUUCAAGCAGCCCCCCCAAAACCGCAGGAGGAACAGGUCCUUCGUUAUCACUGACUAAGCCAACCUGCUCACCCCAGGCCUCAUUACCUAGUGACCACUUGGGCGCCCAACUGACUCCCAAAGCUGGUCUUGAAGAUGACGCCAGCCCUCAGCGGGCCCCAAGCGAGACUCUGCAGUUUGAAUAUUUUCGAGACGACUGUGCAUUUUCCAAUCCAUUUUGGAAAGAUGAAGGUAGCAGUUCUCAGUUCCCCUUCGACUCCCUGGCAGGCAGAAAGCCGUUCUCAUCAAGGGACAAGGAAGUAUCCAUGGAUCAAAAGAGUCUUAACCAAUGCUCACUCAACUACAUCUGCGAGAAGCUUGAACACCUGCAGUCGGCCGAGACCCAAGACCCUCCUGGGAAUUUGUCUAGGCAGAGUCUGUCUGCUGGAGACACCUCCCCUUCUUUUGUCCCACAUACUCUCUUCCGGAGUCAGCCCAGAGAUGGAUGGUCCUUCAUGCUGAGGAUUCCCGAGAAGAAGAACAUGAUGUCUUCCCGGCAGUGGGGACCCAUUUUCCUGAAGGUUCUGCCAGGAGGGAUCCUGCAGAUGUACUAUGAGCAGGGUCUGGAAAAGCCAUUCAAAGAGUUCCAGCUUGAUCCACAUUGCAGACUUUCUGAACCCAAACUCGAGAACUUCAGCAUGGCGGGGAAAAUCCACACCGUGAAGGUGGAACACGUGUCUUACUCGGAGAAAAGGAAAUACCAUUCCAAGACGGAAGUGGUUCGCGAGCCCGAGGUAGAGCAGAUGCUGAAGCUGGGGUCCACGGAUCACGGUGAUUUCCUUGAGUUCCUAACCACUGUGGAGGAGGAGCUGAUAAAGCUGCCCAUUGUUGCAAAGCCAAGGAAGAACUACGAGGAACAAGAAAUCUACCUGGACAUCGUUGACAACUUUUGGGGUAAAGUAACCAAAGGAGACGGGAAAUUGGUCGAAAGUGCUGUGAUAACUCAGAUUUCUUGCCUCUGCUUCGUGAAUGGGCCGGCACAAUGUUUUCUAACCUUGAAUGACCUUGAACUGCAGAAACGAGAUGAAUGCUGUUUUGAGAAAGAACCGGAUAAAAGGGGCAUUGAUAUUCUUAACUACCAUUUCCAUUCGUGUGUGAAAGCUGAAGAAUUCCGACAGUCCAGAGUCAUUAAGUUCGUGCCACUGGAUGCUUGCCGGUUCGAGCUCAUGCGUUUCAAAACCUCCUACGAAGGGGACGAGCUUCCUUUUUCUGUGAAGUCCGUAGUGGCUGUCCAGGGGGCAUAUGUGGAACUCCAGGCCUUUGUCAACAUGACCCCGGGGCUUCAGAGGUCACCGCAUGCCAGUUCCUUGAGGUGCUGUGAAAAUAUCAUGAUUCACUUUCCUGUCCCAGCCCAAUGGAUCAAGGCCCUCUGGACCAGGAACCUUCAGAGGCAGAAAUCCCUGAAAGCCAAAAUGAACCGUCGGGCAUGUCUGGGGAGUUUACAGGAACCAGAAUCUGAACCCAUCAUUCAGGUCACUGUGGGGUCAGCAAAAUAUGAGAGCGCCUACCGGGCUGUGGUGUGGAAGAUAGAUCGGCUUCCGGACAAAAACUCAAGUCCUGAUCAGCCCCAUUGUCUGUCAUACAAACUAGAACUUGGAUCAGACCAGGAGAUUCCCUCCGAUUGGUAUCCAUUUGCUACUGUCCAGUUUUCAAUGCCUGAAGCCUCUGCCUCGGGGACAGAGGUGAGGUCCCUGGGAGUGGACAGCGAUGUCCAGCCUCAGAAGCAUGUGUGUCAGCGGGCUUGCUACAGCAUCCAGGUGGAAAUAGAAAGGAAGUGGAUCCAGAUAGACGGAGAAGACCCAGAUAAAGCUGGUGACUGUGUGACUCAGUGAACCAUGAUGUCCUGUGGGUCAAACUGGCAACCCACUGCUGGGGCAGGAAGUUCUGCUACUGUAUAGUGGGACUUUGUUCUGAGUAGCAGACUGAGGCCAGAGAUCCAGUGGCGAGUCUGAAGAAACAUGUGUCCCACAGCAGACUGUGUGCACGUUACUCUUCUGGUAUAUUUUUGCUCUGGGGAUAUGAGCAGGAAUGUGUCUGUGGCUUGUGCCAGUUACAUCGUGUUGAAACAGAGGCACUCACAUCUAACAUGAGACCUGCUGGCCAGUUUGCCUGAAGGAUGUUUGGGUUUUGAUUACCCAGUGACUUUGUUUUGUUGUCUGGGUUUUGUGAUUUCCCCAUCUCUUCUUGCUUUGUGUGUUAGUGUGGUGGUUUGAAUAAGAGUGGCCCCCAUAGGCUCAUAAAUUUGAAUGCUUAGUAACCAGGGAGUAGACCUGUUUGAAAGGAUUAGAAGGAUUAGGAGGUAUAGCCUGAUUGGAGUAGGU